CGCGACCGGGGGCCAUGGCUGCUGGGCCACUGACGUUAGCCAGGCCUGGAUUCGCUCCUGCGCCCAGCUGGCUAGCGCCGGUCCAUCCUGGCCGUUGGAUCGUAGUACCUUCAGGUGGGACUGGAUGUGAUGGAUGUUCGUGUUUCCCUUGUUUCGCGUUUUUGGGUGGAGGAAAAAGAGGUUCCUUCUUCCUGGAGCUGGGCGGGUGGACGAGAACGACGUACCUUGGAUCGGUCGCAUCUCUGCCUUGAGGGCGCCCCUUCCUUCAAGCCACCGCGUGUUAUACUUUAUCCCAUCCUCCGAUGCCUGUAUAGAUCCUAUCUCG